AUGUCCUUCACUCCCAAGUUUCAAGCCGAGGGAUCUCCCGUCGAUAGGGAUCCCGCCACCCUCUCCAACUACCAGCAGAUCGUCACCAAGCACCUCGACAUUUCCUGGUCCAUCGACUGGGAGAAGCGUAUCUUUGGCGGAUCCGCCACUCUCCAGCUCGAAUCUGUCGUCGACGAUCUGAAAGAAGUUGUGCUUGACGCCAGCUAUCUCGACGUCAAGAAGGUCGAGGUGGACGGCAAGACCGCCGAAUGGAAGUUUGGCGAGCAGAUCGAGAUCAUGGGUACCGGUCUCUACAUCACCCUCCCCUCCGCCCUCUCCGCCGGCACCAAGACCUCCAUCAAGGUUACCUACUCCACUACUCCCGAAUGCACCGCCGUCGGUUGGCUCGAGCCCAACCAGACCAAAUCCGGCAAGCACCCAUACCUCUACUCCCAGUGCCAGGCUAUCCAUGCUAGGAGCUUGCUGCCGUGCCAGGACACGCCGGCUGUGAAGGCUACUUAUGGAGCAAGGGUCAAGUCUGGGAGCGGACUGGAGGUGCUGUUGAGUGCGCUGAGGAAGGAGGUGGUGGAUCUUGGGGAUGGGGUCCGAGAGUUUGUUUACGAGCAACCUGUCGGGAUCCCCUCUUAUUUGAUCGCCAUCGGCGCGGGAGAGCUUGUCUACAAGCCCUUUGAGAAGCUCGAAGGUCGAGACUGGCAGACUGGGUGCUGGACUGAGCCCGAUACCAUGGACGCCGCCUUCUGGGAGUUCCACAAAGACACUGCCAACUUUGUCGCUACAGCCGAAGACCUUGCCUCUCCCUACAAGUUCGGCGUCUACGAUGUUCUCUUCCUCCCCGACUCCUUCCCCUACGGUGGUAUGGAGAAUGCGUGCUUGACCUUUGCGACUCCUACCAUCAUCGCUGGGGAUAGGAGUCAGGUGGAUGUUGUGGCCCACGAAAUCAGUCAUUCGUGGUUCGGUAAUGGUAUCGGCUGUGCUUCUUGGAGGCACUUCUGGCUCAACGAGGGAUGGACCACCUACCUCGAACGUCUCAUCAUCCGCGCCACGCACGGCGAACAAGCCCGCCAGCUCUCCUACAUCAUCGGCCGCCGCGCUCUCGUCGACGACCUCUCCAGGCUCGAACCUCGUUUCCAACGCCUCGUCGCCGAAUACAAAGACUAUGAAGACCCCGACGAGGGCUAUUCCCAAGUCCCCUACGAGAAGGGCGCCAACUUUUUGUACCAUCUCGAACAAACUGUGGGAGGGUUGGAGUUGUUUGUGCCCUACAUGAAGGACUAUGUGAAGACCUUUGAGGGGUAUGCGAUCACGACGGAGCAGUGGAGGGAGCAUCUGUUCCACUACUUUGGGAGCUUGAAGGAUGGGGAUGAAGUGCUGAGGAAAAUGGGCAAGGUUGACUGGGAUGAGUGGCUGCACGGUGACGGUGAGGAUCUUUGCGUGGACAUCAAAUACGAUGACACCCUUUCCAAGGCUGUGUAUGACCUUGCUGCCAAGUGGGACAAGGCCAGGGAGACUAACGACUUCUCCGGCUUCUCCCACAAAGACAUCGAUUCAUUCUCCACCACCCAGCUCAUCGUGUUCCUCGACAAACUCGAAACCUACCCCUCCUUCCCCAAGAGCGCCAUCAAAAAGCUCGACUCUGCCUACGCCUUUGGUACUUCCGGCAACGCCGAGAUCCGUCUCCGUUUCUAUGAGAACGCUCUCAAGACUGGCCCCGAGUACGCGGUAGACGCUAGCAAGUGGGUCGUCACGAAGGGGAGGAUGAAGUUCAACAGGCCGGUGUUUAGGCUUUUGAAUGAGCAGGCGCCAGAACUGGCGAGGAAGACGUUUGAGGAGCAUAAGGGGUUUUACCACCCGAUUGCUAGAAAGAUGAUUGCGAAGGAUCUUGGGGUGAAGGAGUAG